AUGCCGGAACAAAGCACCAGCCCCACAGGGGGCAAACUACCACCUUCAGCAAGAGGCACAAACCGCCCUCACGCUCGGCCUCCAGCGACUGCUCAGCGCCGCACACCAGCGCGCCACAAAGGAGCCGCCUCACCGCGACACGCGGCUAUGGAAUCCCCUGCCCCCAGGUCACUGUGCCCCUCCUCCUUAAACGUGUCUCUUCACUCUGCGGGCUCACAGGAAGAUACCCCCCCACUAUCCCCCGCGCGCCCCAUCGCCACAGGGUGACACGAGCGGCUACAGUACGCAGACUUGGAGAGACUUCCUCUGAGCAUGAACAGCGCCUUGCGAAUGAGACAGAAUACAGAUCGCGAGCGCGUGCUAGAGAGGCUAGCACCGAAAGGUCUCAGCGACUGGCUUACUAUAGACAAUAUAUGUCAGAAACACGUGAUAGGGAGUCGAGCAUAG